AUGGAAAAAAUUGCAGCGGCAAUCAAAAAACAUGCCGAACCAAAUACAUGUUGGCCUUCAUAUGAUAUUAUAACUUUUAGAAACAGCAGUUAUGAUAACUAUAAAACAGCCAGGGAAAAAGCCAAAAAAGCUGAAUUAACAUCGGAACUAAAUUCUGAUACUGAUUAUGACGUUACGAAAAGAAAAAUUAUCCCAAGAGAAAUUUCCUCAUCCUCAUCAUCAGAUGAAUCUCUUCAAAAGUGUAAAUUACCAACCCCUCCAAAUAUGCACACACAAAAAUUAUCAAGAAGUACAAGUCGCAAAAAUGCAAGCAGCAACAGCCAAUCAAGAUUAGUUCAGGAUCACUUAUCUAAUGAAGUUCAGGAUAAACGUAUGAAGCACUUACCGGAUGGAUCAUUAAACAUUUCGGAUGGAUCAUUAAACAUUUCGAAUAAUAAUUAUAUUUCGCAAGACAAUGAACAUAACAUAGAAAAUAAUAAAACAAAAGAUGUCAACAAUAAAAUUGUGCUUCAGUAUUUUAAAGAAAUUAUCCGUCAGCAAUCAUACUUCAGGACACAAUUAUGGCAAAUAGCAGAUGAUUUAAGAGUGUAA